AUGGUCAACGAGGUCGACGCCGACAACAACGGCACCAUUGACUUCAACGAGUUCCUUAACUUGAUGGCGCAAAAGGUGCAGGUCGGCGAUGCCGAGGAGGAGCUCAAGAAUGCUUUCAAGGUGUUUGACCGCGACGGCAGCGGCACCAUCUCGGCCGAGGAGCUGCGCCACGUGCUCACCUCGCUCGGUGAGAACAUGACUGCGGCCGAGAUUGAUGAGAUGAUUCAAAUGGCCGACAAGGAUGGCGAUGGAUCAAUUGACUACGACGAGUUUGCCUCGAUCAUGAUGAGAGAGUAA